UGAUAAUGUGCUUGUAGGAACUUGGUAUCUAAGACUUUGUUUACAAUAAGCUAUGUAUUAAAAUAGGAAUUUAUAGUAGGUUGUAUCUAAAUAUCUGCACGCUUGAGAAAGAUAUCUUAAUUUGGUAUCGCGAUUCGUUUGCCUUCUCAUUUCGGUAUGAAAUAUCUGCGCCCCUAUAAAGUAUGUGUUAUUUUAUGUCAACAGAGAAUGCUACAAGAUCAUCUAUAAAUAAAGUUGUAUUUCACGCAUUCGAUCAUUAAGUAGUCAUAAUCUUAAGCUUACUGUAAUUUAUGAUAUUUAAAUAUUUUUUAUGUAUCAUGAAGAUUAAUUGUGGUCUAAGGACCAUCUCAUGUGCCCAACUGUAGUCUCCAACCUUGGGUCGGUACACAAAUUCGCACACGGAACUGGGUCGGCCAAGCUCCCGCUGCUAGGUUGAUAAGGCCCAAGAGCGCCAACUACGUUGACUAUAAAACCACCAGCCCAAACAGUCAGCCAGCAUAGUCAAGUUCUGAAAUGUCUUCGAUCUACAAGCUACCGACUGCGCUGGUGCUGUUUCUGCUCACCAUCGUUGGCCCUGGUGUCCAGGGUGCGGAGGUGCCGCGCAUUAUUGGCGGGCAGUUUGCAUCGCCGGGACAGUUUCCGUAUCAGGUGUCGCUGCAGCUGAAGGGGCGCCAUCAUUGCGGCGGAUCCUUGAUUUCCGAUACGGUUAUUGUGACUGCGGCUCACUGCACAAUGGGCCAGAAUCCCAGCCAAAUGAAGGCGGUGGUGGGCACCAACGAUCUGGGCGCUGGAAAUGGACAGGCAUUUGGCAUCUCUCAGCUGAUCAUACAUCCACAAUACAAUCCACAGAGCCAGGACUUUGACAUGUCGCUCAUUCGGCUCAGUACUCCUGUGCAGCUGGGCGGUGCCAUUCAGACCAUUCAGCUGGCGGAUGCGGAUGCCAACUACGCGGCGGAUACCCUGGCCACCAUCAGCGGAUUUGGAGCCAUCAACCAGAAUCUACAGCUGCCGAAUCGCCUCAAGUUUGCCCAGGUGCAGCUCUGGGGUCGCGACUUUUGUAAUGCCCAGAACAUACCUGGACUAACGGAUCGCAUGGUGUGUGCCGGACAUCCUAGCGGGCAAGUUAGCUCCUGCCAAGGUGACUCUGGUGGACCAUUGACCGUUGAUGGCAAACUGUUUGGCGUUGUCUCUUGGGGAUUCGGGUGCGGCGCCAAGGGUCGCCCAGCAAUGUACACAUACGUGGGCGCCCUAAGGUCCUGGAUAAAGCAGACUGCAAAUGUUUAGCUCAACUGAUAUGAUACUUUAAUAUGGGCCCAAUGCAAAUAACAAUGAAUUGUACGAUUUAAAAUAAAAAUUAGCUAUUCCUCAGAUGACGCCAAUAUCCUUGAA